AUGAUUUCGGAGCAAACAACAUCUCAAACAGAGGAACAAUCAUUGGGUUCUUCUUCAUCAUCAAUAACAAGUACUACCACUACUACUGCUACUACUAGAACAUAUGAUGUAGAAAUGGAAAGGAUGAGAAGAGAUUAUUUUAAUCAUGAUGAAAGUAUUGUACAUUUAGAUCAUGCAGGUAGUACAUUAACAAGUAGUAAAUGUUUAAAGAAAGCCUUUGAACAAUUAUUUUUCCCUAAUAAUAAUGAUAAUAAUAAUGAGGAUGAAACGAAUGAAACAAAUGAUAAUGAUGAUACAUUAAUUAAUAAUAAUAAUAAUAAUAAUAAUACAAUGAAGUAUGAUCAUAAUACAUCAAAAUAUUCAAGUACAAAUGUAUCAAUUGAUUUAUCUAAAUAUAAACCUGAUUUUAUAGUAGCAAGUUUAUAUAAAUGGUUUGGAUAUCCAACUGGAUUAGGAAUUUUAUUAAUUCGUAAAAUUAGAAUUUCAAAAAUUAAUUUUCAACCAAGAAAUAAUUAUUUUGCAGGUGGAAAUGUUCAAAAAAUAAUUUAUUAA